UAAAAGCUCGAAUUUUCUGCCGCGACUCCCCCCACUACGCGAUUCUUUCCCUCUUUUUCUCGGGCUGCUUCUCGCGAAGGAUUCGAGUUUGACGAUCGAACAAACUUGUAGUCUAAUUGAAUCCUCGACCCAUGCUCGCUGAUCUAAAUUCCUUUCCAAAUUCCUGUAUCGAUUUGUUUCAUUUUUGUUGGCGAUCUGUUGUUGUUUUUUUUUUUUGAGGAUUGAAUUCCAAGUCUAGGGUUCUUCAGAUUCCUUCGCCUUCCUUUUUGUUUCCAAUCGGGAUUGUCGUUCCGAUGUAUAGCAAUUUCAAGGAGCAGGCGAUCGAAUACGUGAAGCAGGCGGUGCAGGAGGAUAAUGCUGGGAACUACGUCAAGGCCUUCCCCCUCUACAUGAACGCCCUCGAGUACUUUCGCACCCACCUCAAGUACGAGAAGAACCCAAAGAUCAAAGAGGCCAUCACCCAGAAGUUCACUGAGUACCUCCGCCGCGCGGAGGAGAUCCGCUCUGUGCUCGAUGAUGGCGGCGGCUCGGCUCCCGCCGCCGACGGGGACGCCGCCGUUGCUGCGAGGCCGAAGACCAAGCCCAAGGAUGGUGAGCGUGGCGGCGAUGACACCGAUCAGGCGAAGCUCAGGGCGGGGCUCACAUCCGCGAUCAUAACGGAGAAGCCCAACGUGAAGUGGAACGAUGUGGCAGGGCUUGAGAGCGCCAAGCAGGCCUUGCAGGAGGCAGUGAUCUUGCCCGUGAAGUUCCCUCAGUUCUUCACUGGCAAGCGAAGACCCUGGAGGGCAUUUCUUUUAUAUGGUCCACCUGGAACUGGAAAGUCAUAUUUGGCAAAGGCUGUGGCUACAGAAGCAGAAUCAACUUUCUUUAGUAUAUCUUCAUCAGACCUAGUAUCAAAGUGGAUGGGGGAAAGUGAAAAGUUAGUUGCCAAUCUUUUCCAAAUGGCUCGAGAAAAUGCACCUUCCAUAAUCUUUGUCGAUGAAAUUGAUUCUUUGUGCGGCCAACGUGGAGAGGGAAAUGAAAGUGAAGCUUCAAGGAGAAUCAAGACUGAACUUCUUGUGCAGAUGCAGGGUGUAGGAAACAACGAUCAGAAGGUUCUUGUUCUUGCUGCCACUAACACACCCUAUGCUCUGGAUCAGGCAAUCCGGCGACGCUUUGAUAAGCGAAUUUAUAUUCCACUUCCUGAUGUUAAAGCCAGGCAACACAUGUUUAAGGUACACCUGGGAGAUACCCCUCACAAUUUGAGGGAAAGCGACUUCGAGUACUUAGCCCAUCACACCGAAGGCUUUUCUGGUUCAGAUAUUGCUGUUUGUGUUAAGGAUGUGCUGUUCGAACCAGUACGAAAGGCGCAGGACGCUAUGCAUUUCUACAAGACCAGCAAUGGCAUGUGGUUGCCAUGUGAACCGAGACAUCCGGGCGCCAUCCAGACCACACUGCAGGAUCUUGCCGCUGAGGGUCUUGCUGAUAAGAUCCUCCCACCGCCUAUCGCACGAGCAGACUUCGAUAAGGUACUGGCAAGGCAGAGGCCGACUGUCAGCAAAGCCGACCUAGAAGUACACGAGAGAUUCACAAAGGAGUUUGGCGAAGAAGGCUAAUUUGGCUUCAGUGAAAUGCCCAGCUUGGAACGUUACAAAUUUAAAAUCACAUUGAUUUAUGUUGUAUUUUUUUUUCUUUUUCUUUUGUUAUUUUCUGUAGUAUAUAUACUUUUGCCCGUAUAGUGGGACAACAGAUUGUUAAAUAACUUUUGGAUGUUCCUCUGCCUCCUUAGCAACUAAACAAUCCAGAUUUGAGUUUGUUCUUUUGUGUC